UUUGCGGAAGCUCAGUUACUGCUGUUGCUAGCUGGCUGAAUUGACACUACAGCUUUCUUGCAUGUGGUUUGUCAUUUAAACGAUUCAAUAUGAAUUUACCAAAGGGACCAGACUCAUUGUGUUUCGACAAGGAUGUCCUUAUGAAGGAUGAUUUUGACGUCGACCAGUUUGUUGCGGACUGCCGCAAGCAAGUCCAACUGGAGGAGAUGAAAGAAGACUUGGAGCUUUACAACAAGUUGCUAAAAACAGCAAUGGUGGAGUUGAUUAACAAGGACUAUGCUGAUUUUGUCAACCUCUCCACCAACUUGGUGGGAAUGGACAAAGCCCUGAAUCAGCUGUCAGUGCCACUUGGACAAUUGCGAGAGGAGGUGAUGAGCCUCCGUUCCUGCGUUAGUGAGGUGAUUCAAGCAAUAGACAACCAACUGUCUAAGCAAGAAGAUCUUCAGAAGAAAAAGGUCUGCGUCUUGAGGCUCAUUCAGGUUGUUCGCUCAGUUGAAAAGAUUGAGAAAAUUCUGAACUCUCAGAACUCCAAGGAAUCGAACUCUUUGGAAACAAGCAGCCCCCUGUUAGCAGGUCAGAUUCUUGAACGGAUUGCUACAGAGUUCAACCAGCUACAGUUCCAUGCCGUACAGAGCAAAGGCAUGCCUCUGUUGGACAAAGUCAGACCUCGCAUCGCAGGGAUCACUUCUAUGCUGCAGCAGUCUUUGGAGGGACUUCUUAUUGAAGGUCUUCAGACCUCAAACGUGGACAUGGUGCGUCACUGCUUGAGGACAUAUGCCACUAUUGACAAGACAAGAGAUGCAGAGGCCCUGGUGGGACAAGUGCUGGUCAAGCCGUAUAUGGAUCAGGUUAUAGUAGAAGAAAGUAUCAAGUCCACACCAAAUGGCCUUCAGUUAAUGUAUUCAAGGUUGUUGGAGUUUGUUCCUCAUCAUUGUAGACUUCUUAAGGAAGUGACUGGGAGCGGCAUAUCCAGUGACAAAGCUGACACGGUACCAGGCUAUGAUUUCCUGGUGAAUUCAGUUUGGCCAGAGAUAAUCAGUGGAAUAGAGGAGCGGUUGUCUUAUCUCUUCAAUCCAGGAAACCCUGACAUUUUCUUUGAGCGUUAUAGUGUUAGUAUGGAGUUUGUGAGGAAGUUUGAACGGCAGUGCAGCUCUCAGGCCAGCGUGAAGAGACUUCGAGUGCAUCCCUCAUACACCAGCUUCCACAACAAAUGGAACCUCCCGGUGUACUUUCAACUACGAUACAAGGAAAUAGCUGGAAGUCUGGAAAUUGCUGUGAAUGAUGGACUAGUGGCAGCACCAGCUGGAAGCUCAUAUCACCUGCAAGUGACGGUGGUGUUGUGGUCCUGCUUAGUGAGGUGCUGGUCGGACCAAGUUUACCUGUCACCUUUAGCACAUCGAUUUUGGAAGCUCUCACUUCAGCUCUACUCACGAUAUGCCAAGUUUCUAGAAGAGGUGUUGACCAAAAGCCCUGCUCCUGAGGUCACUAAAGAGCCAGCACGGCCUCUGCCCAGCUCAGCUUCGUCCACCUCCAGCAGAACCUCCAUGGAGGAGACUGGCAGUGAGAGUGGAAGUCCCACCUCACUGUCCACAAAGCAGCUUGUCUUCAUUGCAGCGGACAUCCAGAAGCUACAGGAACAGCUGCCAGAAAUGUUAGAGAUGGUGCGCCUGCGGUUGGAUGCAAUCGGAUUUAAAAACUUUGCAAUUGUGGAAGAGGCUCUGGCCGACUCCAAGACCUGUCUAUCAAGUAGUAUCCCGACCCUGAACACCAAGAUGACCCAGCAUCUCACAGAACGCUGCUGCAGAUUCCUCAAAAGUGCCUCUGAAGUUCCCAGACUUUACAGAAGGACGAACAAGGAGGUUCCAGUGCGUGCGUCAGCAUAUAUGGACAAUGCUUUGCGUCCUCUGCAUCAGCUGGUCAUCGAUGCCACGGGACUAGUCGCGCCAGCUACUGCUCAUGAGUGGCUGCGCAUCGUCCUGUCUGACUGCACACAGAAAUAUUAUGAGACCAUUUCGGAGGUCCUGAGCUCAGUGAGGAAGAUGGAGGAGAGUCUGAAGCGACUGAAACAGGCCAGAAAGGGUGCAACCAUGUCGACAACGACUGGCUCCAACGGUGGACCCUCAGACGACACCAAGAUCCGCCUACAGCUGGCGUUGGAUGUGGAGUACCUAGGAGAGCAGAUCGUGAAGAUGGGUCUUCAGCCGUCUGACGUCUCCAUGUUCUCCACCCUCAUGGAGCUGGUCAAAGAAGCUCGGGAGCUGGCAGAGCACAACCAGUGAACAGCAGAUGUUAGCCAGCACUCUGCUCUCACUAUUUACUUGACAGGAAAGAGUGAAGGAAGGAAACGUGUCGCAGUCCUCACCAAAGUCGUCGAUUGGUGACCAAGUAGGACCUUAACUGACGUUGCACUACUCCUGCUCAAGACAUGCUUUGAAGAAGCCAUAUUGCACAACUCCGCUAACUCUACCGAGACUUUCAGAUGGAUGGAAGUGGGACAAUAGGGAAUCAAUAUUUUGGAAGUUUUGCCGAUGGAGCCAAUGAAAAAGACGCCUGCUUGGUUUGGGUUUUUCCUUCAAUCGGUCUGGUGCUGGUGUUUCUUCUGCUCUAUGCAAAUGGUUGUCAGGAUGGAACUCUUCAUAUCAUUUGUUUCUGGAUGUGGAAAUAAGAAUAAUGUUUGUUAGUUUUCUAAGCAUCUGGUGAAUGUCAAAUACUUAAUAAAUU